UCCUCCACGCCAACACACACGGACAUCGACGACGGGGACGGGGGAUAAGGUACAUAAUAUACCACGUAGGCACGUAUAAGCGAAGGAGAACCCCAAGAACUCGAGAAGUCCUCAACGCUGUCCGGAGUGUUGAAAAAAGAAGGGUACAGGAACAGCCCUACUAUAAAGUACGUGCAGCAGAGUGAGGCCAACCACGUCGUCGUCGGGGAGGCACUUUAUAUAACAACGUAUACAACAAGAAACGAGCAUAAAACCGGGCAAAUCACGGCACAUUGAUGUGACAAUGUCGCAAGACAUAACAACUAUUAAAGUGGAAGGUGCUCCACAGGAGUCUGUUACUGAAAUUCAGACGUACUUGGAGACCUUCAACAAGGAAAUAGAAGGUGGUCAAGGAGAACAGAUACAGCAUGUUCAAUUGCAACAAGUAGAAGGACUUACAACAGAUGAUGGAGGAACAUAUUUUGUUGAUCAAACUGGUCAAUAUUAUUAUCAGGCCAGCGGAGAGGAUCAUCCUGUCUUGACGCAAGUCCAAAUUCAGGAGGUGAACGAAGGUGAUGAAAACAAUGAAGAAUCUUCAGGUGAUAACCAAGAAUUUGAAGAGGUUAAUCCAAUUGAAGAUGGAGAAGGAAAUGCUGUACCAUCAACAGCAGCAGAGGGCAGUAGCAACCGCUCUCAGCCUGCCAAUUCAAACGAGCAGUAUCAAACAGUGACGAUAAUGCCAUCGGAAACCAAUUCUGGUGAAGUAAGCUACGUUUUAAUAGUUCAGCAACCAGAAAAUGAAACAAAACAAGAAAACAAAACUGAAAAUGAAGCUGGCAUUGAUGGUGAGGAAGGUGAUCAGGAUCUCACAGUGUACGACUUUGAAGAUAAUGAAGAUAAUGAAUGUGCUGUUGAGUCAGAGGCGGAAGACGACAAGGCCAAGAUUGUCAAAUAUGUACCGAAAAAGUCGCAAACCGUCACCCAAGCUCACAUGUGCAAUUACUGCAAUUACACGAGUCCGAAGCGUUACUUGCUGUCACGGCAUAUGAAGUCGCACUCUGAGGAAAGGCCGCACAAGUGUAGCGUUUGUGAGAGAGGAUUUAAGACGCUUGCGUCGUUGCAGAAUCACGUCAACACCCACACAGGGACCAAACCGCAUCACUGCAAAUUCUGUGACAGUGCUUUCACCACGUCAGGUGAACUUGUGAGACAUGUCAGGUACAGACACACUCACGAAAAACCGCAUAGGUGUCCAGAUUGUGAUUAUGCUUCUGUUGAGCUGUCUAAACUGAAAAGACACAUUAGGUGUCACACAGGAGAAAGACCAUAUCAGUGUCCUCAUUGUACAUACGCAAGUCCGGAUACGUUUAAAUUAAAGCGCCACUUGCGUAUUCACACUGGUGAGAAGCCAUAUGAAUGUGAUAUUUGCAAUGCAAGAUUUACGCAGUCCAACAGUUUAAAGGCUCAUAAGCUUGUCCACAAUGUUGGAGAUAAACCAAUAUUCCAAUGUGAACUUUGUCCAACGACGUGUGGCAGAAAAACGGAUCUCAGGAUUCAUGUACAAAAACUUCACACUUCUGAUAAGCCUUUAAAGUGUAAAAGAUGCGGUAAAACAUUCCCAGAUAGGUACAGUUACAAACUGCACAGUAAAACUCACGAAGGCGAAAAAUGCUAUAGGUGUGAUCUUUGCCCUUAUGCGUCGAUAUCAGCUCGCCAUUUAGAGAGCCAUAUGCUCAUUCAUACGGACCAAAAGCCAUAUCAGUGCGAUCACUGCUACCAAUCAUUCAGGCAAAAGCAACUGUUGAAGAGACACUGCAAUUUAUAUCAUAAUCCGGCGUAUGUACCACCACCUCCCCAAGAAAAGACUCAUCAAUGCCCCGAGUGUCAGAAACAGUUCAGGCAUAAAGGGAAUCUUAUUCGACACAUGGCUGUCCAUGAUCCAGAUUCCUCUGUGCAGGAGAAACAGCAAGCUCUCAAGUUGGGAAGGCAAAAGAAAAUUCAAAUCAUCGAUGGUCAAAGAGUGGAAGUGAUGACAGGUUAUGCUGACGAUUCAGAAGAGGAAGACGAAGGUGAGGACAUGAUGGCGGUGGAGGGAGCUGAUGGCCAGCAGUACGUUGUUUUGGAAGUUAUUCAACUGCCAGACAAUCAAGCAUCUGAUCAGAUGGCUGUUGUGGCUAGUGAAGAUGGUGACCUGAUGGUGCAAGAUCCACUAAGCCAAGAAAGUGGUAUUGUUACCGAGGCUGGUGAUGAAUUAUUAGAACAAGAUGAUGAUGGAGGAAUCGUUGGGACAUUAAAACUUGUAGAUCCACCGAAAAAGAAUUCAAAUAAUUCUAAACUUCAAAAGGACAUGGAAACAUGCUUUGGGUUUGAUGAGGAGGAUGAAGAAGAAGAAGAGGAGGAGGAGGAGAGCGAAGACAUAACGAUUUUGCAGGGUAUUUCGUAAUAAACACAGUAUGCAAAAAUAUUAAUGCACUUUUACAUAUUAAUUAAGUAAUUUUCUCCUCAAAAUAACUUGUGAUUUGCGAUCUUCAAGGGAAGCACAGCAGUAUCCAGUUUAAUUAAUAUGCGAGUACCUAACAAUUGCUUGCGUUUCUAGGUAAAGUAAAUUAUUUUUUUCGACUGAAAAUAUAAUAAUUUAAAGUAAAUUGGUUGAUUAAAAACUUAAUCGCGGAAGGAUGUAUGAAUUUAGUUUAUCGUUUUCCAAAUGCCCUUGUGUUUUUUAAUGUAAAAUACAUAAGUAUUGCUAAAUAUUGAAAUACGUAUUUAAUAUUUUUUGU